AUGGCUGCAGCAAAAAUCAUGGCUGCAGAUGAAUGGCAUGACCUUAAUAUCAAAAAAGUUGAAAUUGUGAAAGAUUUAAAUAUGCCACUGACAAAGCAAGUCCAGGAAGAGAUUGUGGCAGCCCUCAGAGUGGAAAGUGUAGACUUAAACUGUGCUCAGAAUUGCACCAACCACAACACACAGUUCUUUAGUGACCAGAAACUCAUUGUUAGGCGAGGACAAACCUUUGGGUUUUAUGUGCAUUUCCAAAACCGGGAAUGGAAUGAUGAGAAGGACAAGAUCACAUUCACAGUGGAGACAGAUGACCCUGUGUAUUUAGACAGCCAAGAUCAGAGAGAAGAAUAUGUUCUAAAUGAGCAUGGGAUUAUAUUCCAAGGUCUUCCUGAACACAUAACAGCUCACCCAUGGCACUUUGGACAGUUCCAAGAUGGUAUUCUGGACAUCUGUCUGAAAAUGCUGGAUACAAGUACAAACUUCCUGCGUGAUCCUGCCAUGGACUGUUCCUGUCGAAAUGACCCCUUGUAUAUCAGCAGGGUGUUGAACAAUAUGAUUGGUUGUCAUAAGAAGAAAAGCAUCCUGAAGCUUCCAUCCAAUAAUAACCUCCUGCAGGGACUCAGUCCUUUAACAUGGAAUGGAAGUGUCCCUAUCCUUCGGCAGUGGUAUCAGAGCAGAUGUAAACCCAUCAAAUAUGGAGAUUGUGCAACUUUUGCUUCUGUACUGUGUACAGUUUUGAGGUGUUUCGGAAUUCCAGGCAGAGUUGUCACUGGCUUUUAUUGUCCUGUGUAUGCAGCUGACCCUCUCAGUGUCCAGGAGAUUUUUGACUAUACAGGCAAAACCUUAAAUGGCAAAGAACAUAUGUGGAUAUAUCAUUGUUGGAAUGAAUCUUGGAUGGCUGAAAAAGACAUUAAUCAAUCUGGGGGUGAUUGGCAAUUUCUGGAUCCAACACCUGUCGAGACUAGCAAAGGGUCAGUGUGCAGUGGUCCUAUUUGGGUCAAAAGCAUUAGAGAUGGAGAUGUAGAUACUGACUCUGAAGGCCACCGUGUAUUUUGUAUGCUAAAUGCAAGGAGUACUGCUUGGAUUUCUCAAGGCAAAGGCAAGAAGACAAAGCUUCACUGUGAUAGCGGGACUUCUGGGCAGUGUAUCAGCACCAAGAGUGUUGGGAGUGAUCUACGUGAAGAUAUCACUGAUGCUUAUAAGCACGAGUUGGGUUCUGCACAAGAGAGAAAGGCUUUUUAUAAAGCCUGCAGAAAAAUUAACUCUCAAUAUCUCAAUGCUCCAAAUUCUGAGAUAGACAAAGACAUAGCAUCCCACAGAAACAAAAGCUUGAAAGAGACUGGUAUUACAAUGAAACUUAAAAUGGCUAAUUGUCCUUUAUAUGGUCAAGAUGUUCAAAUGAACUGGGUGCUUGAAAACUUGUGUAAUGAGAGUAAAGAAAGGAAGUUUAACCUUUGUGCUCAGGCAAUGAUGCACAAUGGAUGUGCAUUGGACCAGCUUUGGAAAGACACUAUUCAUGUCACACUUGAACCAAAAGAAGUGAAAACAAUCCUGAUAGUGAUACCAUAUGAUAAUUAUGGAUCUCACCUUUGUGAUCACAAUAUUAUGAGAGUGGCUGUAGUUUCAAUGCCAGAGCCUAAAGAGGAAACCUUGAUGCUGGAGAGGGAUAUCGUGAUUGACAGUCUACCUGUUGAGAUAAAGAUUCUAGACCAGCCCAAGCUGAAUGCACCAUGCACUGUGGAAGUCACCUUUUCUAAUUCCCUCAACGAGGACCUCAGGAAUUGUGUCCUGCACCUGGAAGGCUAUGGAUUGAUUGGUGAAACAAUCACUACUGAAUUGGGAACACUGAAUGCUAAACACAAGGCACAAACCUGUGUGGAGUUUACUCCCUAUCGUCAUGGCAGACACCAAUUAAUUGCCAGUGUCAGCUGCCAUAAGUUUUGUAACUGCAAAGGACAUGCCACUGUAGAUAUGGGUAAUCCACCAACAACUUCUGGAGAAGGAGGUGCAUAA